AUGUCGGAUUAUUUUUUGCCAGAUUAUUUUGUCACCCAAUCAGACGGGACUUAUUACAACACAACAGGACCAACAAGUUGCAAAGGCUGUGAUAGUUUGUGCUCUUCUUAUUGUAACAGUUGUGUAGAGACGACAUACUCAACUGCUGGAUCAUUAUCAUUUCAGCAAUGUGACACGAAAUGUGAUGGGUGUGAUGCCACAAAUGGAUAUUGUGUCAACUGUGUGACUGGGUAUGGUCUUGCAGCUGGGAAGUGUGCCAUAUGUCUAACGGGAACAUACUACCUGUAUUCUGCGUGUAAAAGUUGUGGUGAGAUGGAAUACCAAGAUGUUGUUGGACAAACCACAUACAAGUUGUGUGACUCAUCGUGUGCAAGUUGCAGUGAAAAACAAAUGGAAAACGUCUCUUGUAUGCUGCUGGAUAUGGCUUUGACAAUGGCAUGUGUACAUUGUAAGUGUGACAGAAAAAGUGGUGCGUGCACAUCAUGCGAAGCUGGCAACAAGAGAGUUGACAACAGAUGUGUGUUGUGUGCUCCAUCUGGAUACUACGAUUUGUGCACAGAUGAGACAUCAGAUGGUUGUCAGAUCGCAGACUAUGUCAAUAAUCAACACAUUUGCACCGCCUGUUUUGCGCCAUAUGUCACUUCAAGUGACUUGAAGGCGUGCAAUUUGGGAUACACAACAACAACAUACUUCAACACAAAUGAUCACCAAUUACACACUAACAUGAAUGUGUGCAUCAACCAAAUCGAUACACUGUGUUACUUGUGUGAUUUGAAAACGAUGUUGUUAAACGGUGUUUGUAAUGUUAAAAAUGAGAAGUGUGAGACAUACUCGCAACACGGCUGCGACAAAUGCGUUUCAGAUGUGAUCACAUCGAAUGGCAACUGUGCCAUUAACACCACAAAUUGUAAAUAUGAAAUCAACAGAGAAAGUGGCACCAAGUGUUUGUAUUGUGUUGAUGACGUGUUGUGUGGCAAAGCAAAACAACAUUGUGGAAUAUCACACAACGAGUAUUGUUACUUGGCAGUGAAUGGGUAUCACACAACAAACAACAACACCGUUGAACAGUGUGAGAGUGAAGUGUGUGUCAUUUCAAAUGGAGUUAUCACUAUUUUAAAAUGUCAAAAUAACAAAGUUUUGAUAGAUGGCGCGUGUACAACUAAUACAAUGUGUUCAAUUAUAUCAAGUCGUGAUUGUUUCAAAUGUGAUGCAAAACAUCACUUUUCACAUGGAAUCUGUUUACCAAACAAUCCAAAUUGUGACAAUCAGAAUGGAGAUGUUUGCAUUGUAUGUAACAAUGCCAUCAACGUUGACGGCGUGUGCACAAACACCCAGUCAAUUCAUUGCUCUUCAUUUGACAAAGUGUGUGUCAUAUGUGAAAGUGGUUAUUACAAAGACGUUGAUGGCUGUAAAGAACAAAUUGGCGCGUUGUCGAAUUGUGGUGUUGUCUCGUCGCUCAACACCAAAUGUGUCGAGUGUGAGUCUGAUUACUUUUUCGAUGGAAUUUUGUGUGUGCCACAAACGCUUCCAAAUGAGACCAUUAAACAGACAACUAAAAAUGAAGAAACACAGACAGACAGCCAUUGCGAAGUGAGCACCACAAAGGGGUGUCUGAGGUGUUUCAGUGGGUAUUACCUAGCAGACCGCAUGUGUGUGAAGUGUGAGUACCCCUGUGUCUUCUGUUCAAAUCAAACAUUUUGCACCAAGUGCGACGAUUACUCGUAUGCAAAUAGCAACGGCAUUUGCACUGAAAUCAACGAACUUGUCAACGGAUACAUGCUUUCGUAUGAUGGGUCAAUGUGUAUUAGUUGCGAUGUGUCAUGCAAGUCGUGCACAAACGAAGGAAACUGUGUUGUGUGCGAUGAUGAAUUUUAUCGCACAUCAUCAAAUGUCACCAAGUUGUGUUCGCCACAAAGCGAGUUGACUUCGUGUGCAAACAAAACAACAGCUGGUUGUGUGCAAUGCGAAGGUGGACACCAUCUCUCCAACAAUUUGUGUGUGAAGUGUCAAGACACGUGUACACAAUGUUAUGGUAUUGAUGAGUGCACUGAUUGUGUGAAAGACAGUGUAUUUGUGUCAAGUGUCUGUUCACAUUAA